ACCUCUCCCUGUCUCCCAAACGAUGUCCAGCAGUACAGCGUACACCGAAGCGUGGCUCUCAGGACCACAGCAAACGCGCUUCUACACGCGCACUUACAAGCCAGAAGGCACACAGACGAAAUGUGCCGUAGUAUUCGCCCAUGGUUUCAUGGAACAUGUCGCACGGUACGAGCACGUCUUCCCCGCAUGGUCCGCGCGGGGAAUUGGUGUCUUCGCAUUCGACCAGCGUGGAUUCGGGAGAACGGCGCUAGAUUCGGAUAAUAAGAGCAAGAGCAGCGCUUAUGCCAAAACUAGCUGGAAGGAACAGCUGGAGGAUAUCGAGUGGGCGGUUAAACACGCGCAGAACGAAUUUGGCGCCGUGCCGGUGUUUUUGUACGGUCACUCGAUGGGAGGCGCACUGGCGCUUGCGUUCCCGACGAGAGAGACACCCCCUCCAUCGCCAGAAACGGUGUCUAGUCUUGCUGGCGUCAUAGCGAGCAGUCCACUUAUCCUACAGACGAAGCCAGCUGCAAAGGCAGCCCGCUGGAUCGGUGGUAAAGCUAGUCGAAUUAGCCCCUCUUUCACCAUACCCGCCGCGGUAAAUCACAAGGAUAUCUCUCAUGACGAUGCCGUGAAUGAAGCUUACCUUAAGGACCCUUUGGUGAAACAGAUGGGGUCACUUAAAGGCAUCAGCGAUAUGCUGGAUGGAGGAGAGAGCCUUCUUCGUAAUGACUAUGCCCGCUGGCCGAAAAACCUCCCCCUCUUAAUUGUGCAUGGCUCAGAGGACAAGGUUACGUCCUACAAGGCUUCGGAGCAGUUCUACAACGCCGUUCCAGCUGAAGUGAAACAUUUCUCCACAUACCCCGGUGGGUUCCACGAGCUACACAAUGAGCCUAACGGUGUGAAGGAACAGCUGAUCAACGAGUGCAUCACUUGGGUUGAGGCACAUAUCCCGUCCACCAUUCCUUCCAAACUUUAAAUGCUCUGCGUUAGUGGCGUUCCAUGUUUUUGUCUUCUUCUGGUUUUCGGAGUGGAUAUCUUGGAAAAAAUAUAGCCUCUGAAUCGACUAUAUAUAGUGUAUGGAUGGUCUAAUAACCUGCGGCACCAGGUGCUGCAUCUCCUUCCCUCUUGAGCCUGAGCAAAACUUCUUUGAACCUCGAAAGGUCCGUAGUACCGGGUCCAGUUCGGGCAAUGGUUUUGCUCUGCGAAUUCUGCAGCUCAAUAAUGUCACAGAUACGUUCCCAGGUGGUGCCCUUGGUAAGUGACGGAUCGUAGGGACUCGAAGUAUUCCACUUCCUCAUCCCUGU